CCAAAAAAUUUAGAAACCGAAUUGAAUCCCAAAUAUUUUUAGACCCGGUGGGAUUAGAAUCCGAAAUAUUUUCGACACGAUGGAUCAGGGCAAAAUUUGGAUCUUGGGGUGAGUAUCCGGAUUCAGAUCUAAUCCCAUGACCCGGAUAUGUAGAUCCGUUUCUUUUUUAAAAAAAAAACACCUUCGAUCACGGCUCACUCUCAGUCUCACUGUCCUUCUCUCUCUCCUCUAUUCAAAGUUGAGCUCCCAUAAUAAAAUUAGUUACAUUCUUCUGAUCGUUCUUUUGAAAAAGUUAAGGAGCAAAAAUGGGGUUCAAUUUACAGCCAUAUGGUAUGCAAUCGAUGCUAAAAGAAGGGUACAAUCAUCUUUCUGGCCUCGAAGAAGCCGUCCUUAAAAAUGUCGAUGCUUGCAAAGAACUCGCUCAUAUCACCCUUACUUCUCUUGGUCCUAAUGGAAGGAACAAGUUGGUGAUUAACCACUUAGAUAAGCAAUUUAUUACAAAUGAUGCUGGCACCAUUGUGAAUGAGCUUGAGGUACAACAUCCUGCUGCUAAACUCUUGGUUUUGGCCAGUAAGGCUCAGCAAGAGGAGAUUGGUGAUGGAGCUAACUUGACAAUUUCUUUCGCUGGCGAGCUUCUCCGAGGUGCAGAAGAGCUAAUAAGAAUGGGAUUGCACCCAAGUGAAAUUAUCAUAGGAUAUACCAAAGGAAUUACCAAGGCAAUUGAAAUUUUGGAAGACUUGGUUGAGGAAGGUUCUGACAAAAUGGAUGUGAGGAAUAAGGAUGAGGUUGUAUCUCGGAUGAAAGCCGCUGUUGCAAGCAAACAAUUUGGUCAGGAAGAUGUCCUGUGCAGCCUUAUUGCAGAUGCUUGCAUCCAAGUAUGUCCAAAGAACCCUGUAAACUUUAAUGUGGAUAAUGUUCGUGUUGCAAAAAUUGUUGGAGGAGGUUUGCAUAACUCUUCAGUUGUCCGAGGCAUGGUUUUGAAGAAUGAUGCUGUUGGCAGCAUCAAGCGAAUGGAGAAAGCCAAGGUUGCUGUGUUUGUACAGGGUAUUGAUACAUCAGCCACUGAAACAAAAGGAACUGUUCUCAUCCACAGUGCUGAGCAGCUGCAAAAUUAUGCAAAAACGGAAGAAGCUAGAGUCGAGGAGCUAAUUAAGGCUGUUGCUGAUUCUGGUGCCCAAGUUGUUGUAAGCGGUGGAGCUGUAGGAGAUAUGGCACUGCAUUUUUGUGAGCGUUACAAGCUUAUGGUCCUCAAAAUCAGCUCUAAGUUUGAGUUGCGAAGAUUUUGUCGCACAACUGGGGCAGUUGCACUUUUGAAGCUCAGCCAACCUAACCCAGUUGAUUUGGGAUAUGUCGAUUCUGUUGUUGUUCAGGAAAUUGGUGGUACAAGGGUCACUGUUGUGAGAAACGAAGAAGGUGGGAACUCUGUAACGACAGUGCUAUUACGAGGAAGUACAGAUAGUAUAUUGGAUGAUCUGGAAAGAGCAGUUGAUGAUGGAGUAAACACUUACAAGGCUAUGUGCAGGGAUAGUCGAUUUGUCCCUGGUGCGGCAGCUACUGAAAUUGAGUUAGCUAGGAGACUGAAGGAGGUCUCAUUCAAGGAAACAGGUUUAGAUCAGUAUGCUAUUGCAAAGUUUGCCGAAAGUUUUGAGAUGGUGCCCAGAACACUAGCAGAGAAUGCUGGCCUUGAUGCAAUGCAAAUCAUAUCUUCAUUAUAUAGUGAACAUUCAUCUGGAAAUUCAAAAGUGGGCAUUGACCUGGAGGAGGGCUCAUGCAAGGACGUUUCAGCCUUGAACAUCUGGGACCUCUAUGUCACCAAGCUUUUUGCUCUUAAGUAUGCUGCUGAUGCAGCCUGCACUGUUCUUCGAGUUGAUCAGAUCAUAAUGGCAAAACAAGCUGGUGGACCCAGGAGAGAUCAGGCCGCGGCCGCUGGUGCUGGAAUGGACGAGGACUAGGUGCUGUGCAUGAUUUAACUUUUUAUUGCAUGUUUCACCUAAAAAUGGUUUUGUGGUUUAGGUUUACUCAAAUAUUCCUACUUCUAAUGCUUUUUGAUGGAGUGAAAAACACAAAAUUUUGCAAUGAAGGAGAAUGUUAGAUGCUUAAGCUACAGCUAAAAGAAUUUAGGAGGAGAUAAAACUUUGGCCAACUAUCGACUGUGCUUUUCUUCGGCCGUUGGGUUGAUGCAAGAUUGUCUUGUUUAUUUUUGGGUUUUUUUGUGUUGAUUACCACUUUUCCAAUAGGUCAUUUUGUUGCAUACCUUUUUUUCACAAAAAAAAGAGUUGUAAUAUAGCUACAACCUUUAUAUAAUGGUAUACUUGAUUAUUUUACCUCUUACUAGAUUUUUGGAGUAUUUUUUAGUCCAACAUAUUAUAAUGUAUUUUCUUCAUUA